GAUGGAGUUCUAAUUGUGCUUCACAAAAAUAAAUCACCACAAAAUUUGGAUAGAGAUACCCAAAGGGUGAGACAUGAAAUAUGCCUUAAAAAAGCCAAAGGUCAUAUUGGUUCCAUAUCCAGCUCAAGGUCAUGUCACUCCUAUGCUCAUGCUUGCCGCUGUCUUUCAUCGUCGUGGUUUUCUUCCUAUCUUUCUCACUCCUAGUUACAUCCAUUGUCAUAUUUCAUCGCAAGUUUCGUCUUCCGAUGGAAUUAUCUUUGUUUCCAUGUCAGAUGGCCUCGACGAUAACAUGCCACGUGACUUCUUCACUAUUGAGGCUGCCAUAGAAACCACCAUGCCAGUUUGUCUUAGACAAGUUUUGAGUGAGCAUAAUUCUAAAGAAAGCAGUGGUGGUACUGGAGUUGUUUGUAUGGUGGUCGACUUACUUGCUUCUUCGGCUAUUGAAGUUGGAAAUGAAUUUGGAGUAACUGUGGUCGGGUUUUGGCCAGCCAUGUUUGCCACCUAUAAAUUAAUGUCAACUAUUCCCGAAAUGAUUCAAAACAACUUCAUUUCUUCUGAUACAGGAUGUCCAGAAGAAGGAUCAAAACGGUGCGUUCCGAGCCAGCCGCUGUUGUCGGCGGAAGAACUACCGUGGCUGGUCGGAACGUCGUCGGCAAUAAAAGGCAGGUUCAAAUUCUGGAAAAGAACCAUGGCUAGAGCCAGAUCCGUUCAUUGCCUUUUGGUUAAUUCCUUCCCAGAAGAACUACUCCCUCUUCAGAAAUUGAUCACUAAAAGCUCCGCCGCCUCCGUGUUCCUCGUCGGACCUCUGAGCCGGCACUCGAAUCCUGCAAAAACGCCGACAUUCUGGGAAGAAGACGACGGGUGUGUGAAGUGGCUGGAGAAACAGAGGCCCAAUUCAGUAAUUUACAUCUCGUUUGGGAGUUGGGUCAGCCCCAUUAACGAAUCGAAAGUGAGGAGCUUAGCCAUGACGCUUUUGGGCUUAAAGAACCCAUUCAUUUGGGUUCUCAAAAACAACUGGCGAGAUGGUUUGCCAAUUGGAUUCCAGCAAAAGAUUCAAAGUUAUGGGAGGUUGGUUUCAUGGGCUCCUCAAAUAGAGAUUUUGAAGCACAGAGCAGUUGGUUGUUAUCUAACUCACUGCGGGUGGAAUUCGAUCAUGGAAGCAAUUCAAUAUGGAAAGCGACUGCUUUGUUUUCCGGUGGCCGGUGACCAAUUUCUGAACUGUGGGUAUGUAGUUAAAGUGUGGAGAAUUGGGGUUAGGUUGAAUGGGUUUGGAGAGAAAGAGGUUGAAGAAGGUAUGAGGAAAGUGAUGGAGGAUGGAGAGAUGAAGGGGAGAUUUAUGAAACUUCAUGAGAGAAUAAUGGGAGAAGAGGCCAAUUGUAGAGUCAACUCUAAUUUCACAACCUUCAUUAAUGAGAUCAAUCUUACAAACAUCUAAAGUUGGACAUUCUGUCCUAUAAAUUAUUGUAACUUUGUAAGUUGGUUUAUAUAUAUACAUAUAUAUAUAUUAUAUUAAAAAGAAAGAAACAAAUUUGUUUGAUUA